GACUGCACGCGUGUAACUUACAUAAGGCGCGGUGUCAGAUAAAAGAUCGUAUGUGGGUAUUUAACGAUAUUAAAGAUAUAGAACUGCCAUAAAUCGAAUGUCCCAUUAUUGAAGUGUAUUAGUAAGCUCAAACGCAGUUGCAUUGACAGAUUUGAAAGUUAUUAAUUUAAAUUUAUAGACGGAGUAAGUUAUUUGAUGUGCUGUUUUUAUUAAAAGGCGGUUAUACAAGGGUACGUGAAACUUUAUGAACAACUUACGGAAUGUUGCUAUGCGAUUAUGUAAAGCCUUACUGAUACUAAGUAUAACACUUUAAACUAUGGCGAUGGAAGGUGAAGUGGUAUCCAAUAUAGGCCUGUGUUAUUCAAUCAACGAAACACGUACACCAACAAAGACUUGUAACUUAAUAAUGUCUCAAUCCAACGUGUGAUAUGUAUUACAAUAUGCUACUAUCAGUGCAACAAGACCAUAUAGGGACAUUUGAAUCUCGUCUCUUCUUGAUCUUAUACUACUGUCGGACACCUAAAUAAACUGAGCAAUAAUGACAAUAAAAGAAUGUGUACUGUUGGCACUGUGUGCGAUUGUCAACUGCGUGAAUGGCCUCCCGGCGAACACAUAUAGAACAGAAAAAGGUUUGAUAUGCUACCUAUGCCCACCAGGAAAGUUCUUUGUAAGAGACUGUUCGCUGGACUAUGAAACAGCGAUUUGCAGCCCGUGUCCGAAUGGAUAUUACAUAGCAAUAUCUAGUGUGGCCGAAAGGUGCCAGCCUUGUUCUUCCGUAUGUCCGAAUACGAAUUAUGAAUCACCUGACGAUCAACCGGAAAUUAUCACUGUCAACUGCACGAGUGCGACAGACAUACAAUGUGAGUGCAAGCCGGGAUUUUGGCGAGAGAGUGGAUUCAAUGGCAUGUGUCGAAGGGCAAAGUUGUGUGAAGAAGGGCGCGGGGUAAAAGCAUUAGCCACGGGGAACUCUGACACCGUCUGCGAACAUUGUGAGCCCGGUCAGACGUUUUCAAAUAUGUCGUCUGCAAACGAAAAAUGCCGGCCUUGUACACAAUGUGACGCUCUGAUGUACGUCGGACGUGUAUGUCUACCAAACAGAGACACAGAGUGUAUUCUUCAUUCGACGAUUAUUACAACAAAAACUACAACUUCACUAAACAAACAUGGAGCCCAAAAGACGUUACACCUCGGCAUAGGUUUAGGUUUUGGCACACUUUUUUUUGCUGGAAUAGUAAUUGUCGGAGUGUGGUGUCGUGUAAGGAGGAAACGUAAGCAUGCUUAUAGGAGCUCGUCAAAGGAUCAGCUUAGCUCAUCAAAACGCACACAUAGCAGCGAAUCAGAUUUGGAUUCAACGUCUAAAGAUGAUGGAUUCAAUGAAAACUUAUCUAAAACGUCUGCUUUGAGAGAGAGUGACCAUUGUAUCUCAGGACCAUCCGGUGACCGUGGCAUUUUGAAGAAGGAGAAAGACAAUACAUUAUCUCAGUGUAUGAUGGAUAUCUACCGUGAUAAGAUGUUAUCAGUAGGAGCCAUUGUCAGAUCUAACGAGGUGGUUGGUACCGGAUUUAGAGUGGGAAAACAAUGCAUAGUAACUGCUCUGCAUGUUGUUAUGGAAAUUAUAGACCCAAGGAAAUGUGGAGAACACAACUUUUCCAAAUUAAAAAAAGCGUCUAUUGUGUUUAGUGAUAAUCCGUUCGAUCCAUCGGCCAGGCACUACAACUUCAGCGCAGAGAGUUUUUAUUUCUAUGAAGAUCUGGAUGUUGCUAUUCUAGAAAUACCUCACCCCGAUGGAAUGUUGCCCAAAAAGCUCACACUUAGAAAAGAGCCAGUCGAUCUUGUCGACACUGUUUCAUUGAUUGGGUAUGGUCACCCAGGAAAUUCAAAUAAGCAUUUUGAGAACAGUUGCCAAAUUUUAUACAGCAAUUCACACGAAAUUAAUUGUGCACACACUGUUUUCCGCAAAAACAUUGACAAAUUCCGGACAGGCUUGCUGCGGGGAUAUGAUAGCUCGAUGGUGGAAAGAGGUUAUCAGGGCCACGAUUCUCCACAUUUAAUACUGAUGCAUUGCUUUAUGGAACACGGCGCAUCAGGUUCACCUAUUCUGGCCUGCGUCAAUCCAUCAGAAGGAAUCGUAGAAGUUGUUGGGGUGCUUACUCGUGGCUUUCCUGAAUUUUAUUUUUGUUUGGACAAAAGGCAUAAAUACUAUCUACCUGAUAAUUGUAGAUUUGAAGCUGGCCCCCGCAUGACAUCUAUAUAUGAACGUAUGACUAGCCAAUCGAACGAAAUUAUGGCGGAUUUGUUUGGUUAAAGUAAAUUAUAUGUAUUUCAUUAAUAUUAAUUAUGAACUACACACAAUUCACAAUGCUGAUAUAAAUUGUCGUUCGCAUUAGUGAAUUAUUUUGAUUUAGAAGGUAACACUUGCUUUUGUAUAGCUAUGAUAUCAGUAAACUUUGAAAAAAAUGUCAAGUCGUAUUAUAAUAAUACAAAUAUAUUUUA